UUUAUAGCUAUAGAAAGUACUACUGCUGACUAAAUGCCGUCCCUGGAUGAGCUUGCUAAAGCUCCUCAGAACAUUAACGAAUGGUUCCUGUCAAUCUGCUCCCACGUGGCUGAAUCAAGGAGGGUUAUUGAGGAGCUGUCCAAAGAGGAUCCUCCUACAGAACCCUUCAAAUCUAAAUAUGCAGGGAGGAGCAUGCUUCAGUCAGCACUGCAGAGAGCUCAGUCUUUCAAUCCCUCAACCGAUCAGGAGAUUUCUAGAAUAAGAUGUGCUCAAGCUACAAUAAUGUUCUACAUCGGACAAGUCGGUGUGGAGGUCGAGGAACCAAAGGAAGCUGUCAAGAGUUUCCAGUCUUGUGUGGACGUUCUGGCUCUGGAACCGGUCAACAAAUAUAACAUAAGCUUACUCCUCCAUGUGCACAAUGUCAAGGCCACGGUAUGGAGCGGCCGUGGUGAUCAUGACAAAGCGUAUAAGCUGCUUGAGAGGGCUAAAGAGCUUCACGCGGGAUUCCUCCACAGCAAGGAACCCCCUCCUAAAUCUUACGACGAAAUAUUCAUGGAUGAGAAGUUCAGCUCGGAUGAGAGAAACGUAAUGUUUGAGAAACUGUACACAAACACUCUGUUCUACCUGGCUCAAGUGUACGGAGUGAAGGGCGAUAACAAGCAGGCUGCUGCACAUUGUCACAUUACACUGCAGAGACAACUUGAGGCUGAUGACUUUGAUCCCCUUGACUGGAGUUUGAACUGCGCCACACUGUCCCAGUACUACGUUACAAUGAACAACUACCAAUCAGCACGCCACACGCUUGCGUGCGCGUCCAGCGUCAUGAGUAACGUGCAGGAAAGCGCUGAGAAUGCUAUCUACAGUGAUGAGUCUUACGAUAACGAGAAGAUAGUAAAGGCGAGGGCAGAUGUUGAGCGUUGCUGGAUAAAGUUCUGUGUGAACUUGUUAAAGGACUCAGUAAAGGAUCUUGAAGAAAGUGACCUGACGGAGAAAGUCUCCAAAAUUACAGAAAUGAAGAACACGUUCGAGGACGAAGAAGAUAAAGAAGAGAAAGAAGAAGAAAAGGAAGAGGAGAAAGAGGAAGAGAAGAAAGAGGAGGAGAAGGUGGAAGAUUUGGAGGCUGGUGAAAAGAAGAUCGAGUUUAAUGAAAAGGAUUACGAUGGUGAUGAGGACCUGUCUCUAAUGUACAAGAACCUAGCAGUGUACGACAAGGAUGAGACCAGACAGUGUAAAAUGCACAAGAGACGCAUUGACACGCUCACCGAGCUAGUCUCUCCACUCAACAUCCAGCACUUCCGUCAGUUGUGUAGACAGUUGAGGUUUGAGUUGGGGGAAGUGAAGAACACAAUGGUUUCCCUCAAGUACUCCAUAGCUGCAGAGCUACCUCCUGACCAACAGAACUGGAAGAAGAUCAACAACUUGUGUUUUGGAGCUAUCCAGGAGUUUGAGAACUUCUGUGAUCUCCUCCGGGAUCCAAGUGAUAACUUCCCUGAUGUUUUAUCCGACGAAACGGUCCGUCCCUACGUGAUCUCACAGAUUUACAUAGCGAGGCUUUACGGCAAGUUCCGGCCCACUGAUACCAUGCAGAAGUUAGCUUUCCUGGCCAAGGCAGAGACUCACUUCAAGAAGGCGCUGGAGUACUACGACUCACACUGGGACCAGUGCAAGGGAAUGGAUCUGAAGGAGGAGAUUGAUGUGGCGAGGGAAAUGGCUCACUUCCUGCCCCGUAAGAUGGAGAAGAUCAGGGCCAUAGCAUGAAGAAGUGCAGAGAAGUGAAAUAACCGUGCUGGUCACGUGUCCGCAGGUCUUUAAGUGACCUUGAUUUGUUAAUUAAUUAAUUGAUUAAUUACCGUUUCGUGGAGAGAAUUGGAUGAGCAUUAUAUGCAGAUGACACACUGCGCCUUACUUUUCAAUUAACUCAGUUGAUUGGUCAAACAAUGGCUAUGACGUUGUUGUGAUGUUGUUGUGACGUUGCUGUGACGUUGCUGUGACGUUGCUGUGACGUUGCUGUGACGUUGCUAUGACGUUGCUGUGACGUUGCUGUGACGUUGCUGUGACGUUGCUGUGACGUUGCUGUGACGUUGCUGUGACGUUUAUGUGACGUUGCUGUGACGUUGCGGUGACGUUUAUGUGACGUUGCUGUGUGUCACUAAGACUCUGUAAUUUGUUUGCUUAUAUCUCGAUAAUUAUCUAAUUAACGAUUAAGUAAAAUGUAACAAUCGAUUUAAAGAAAACACAAAUUAUAACUUGAUUAAGAUAUUUGAACGUUCACAUUAUGACAAAAUUUGUAGUAUUUAUGAAGAAAUUGCUCGGUGAUUAUUGAUUAAUUAGUUAUUUAACUAAUUAUAAAUAUUAUUAUGUAUAUUUGACCUCUUUAGUUUUUGAUAAUUUGAGUAUUAUUAGUUUAUUACGUUUGUAUUUAGUAGUUUGCGAAAAUUGAAUUUAAUCAGUUCAGAGAGUAUUUAAAUUUAAUUUCUAUUAAAAUUUAGAAUUAUUAAUGAUUAAGAUAAUAGUCAUGAGAAACUAUGACUUACCUUAAUCGAUGAUUAUAUUUUGAUUAAUUAAGAGCGCGAUUUCUAUUUUUACGUUAUUUUCUCUGAAGUACGCUUUUCUUGGCUGAGGUUGUAGUUGAUCAUUGUGCAGGGAAUUGAACCAACAGAUUUAGUAAAGAAUGAUAAUAAUUAUAAUAUUCGCGUGCAUAUUUUGACUUCUGUGCGAUUCUCACGUCAGUACCCCAGUAAUACCUUGCUGCAAGUUACCACACUACUCAACAUACUUUUACAGCUGAGUAAUGAGUAUUCCUAUUUCACCUCUGCCAUAUUUGCAAUUUGUUCAGCUCUGUGGUCACAUGAAACUGUCUCGUCCACUGAUUGGUAGCUAGGUAGCACAUGACAACCUUUUGUGGUUUUUUGACGUUCUAGAGAAAACUCCAUCAACACAAACUCUCCUUUUCUGCGGAAAUCUUAACUGAUUAGUUACCAGGAGUGUGACCACUAAAGUGACUAAUGUUAUAGUUCACAAUAAUUGCUAGGACCACGCCCGCAUACAGUAUGUGUGAGCUUGAUGAGUCAUCGGAACCCAUUAUUGAGCAGCUGUAGCUAGAUCACCUCUGCAGCUGUAAGUAGAACACCGCAGUUCUGCUGUGGAAUGCACGAAAUUGCGCCACAUCUCGUCAGGAAUGUAGAAAUGAUAGCUCACUUCUGUUGUUGUGCAGUGUAACUGUUAACAAUUCAAUGUUAUCGUCUGUUUUGAUGAUCGCCCUGCUUUGUGGUCCACAUAAAUAUUAUCCUGGUUUAUAAUAUGGCCGGGUUACACUAGUAGACAUGUUAUUAUUGUUAUGUGACACGUUCUUGAACUGUAUAUUGAUAUUCGUACGUGUAUGAUCUGAUAAAAUGCACUGCCAGUACAUAAUACAGGGAAUACAACGGAAUGCUUGCGGAGUAAGUGACGUUACAACGGAAUGUCUAUGAUAACCACCAGAUUGAAUUGAUUUCGAGCCGUGAUCUCGUGAUGCUGAUGUUUAUUGUUGCUGUCCUUUACCCUCUGUCUCUCUUUCUGCCUUUUUCUUACACACGUAAUAUUACUGAAGGUCAAGUAAAAGAGAUGAUUGUAUACUAUAUUGUUGAUUGUUGAUAUUGAUGGUGUUGAUUGUUGAUAUUGAUUGCUGCAUGUCAUCCUUCAGUCCCUUCAGUCUUCAUCUUAAAAACAAGGCCCCUCAUUUGCUAGCGUGAUGUAUUGUCUUGUGUAUUACACGCACCGUUCUUUAACAAACGUUUCUUUUACUUUUGGUUCAAAUCCCCUGAAAUAACAAUGAUGAACUUCAGCACGCCAUGAUGUGUGCCGUGGGUCCGAUUUAGGCUACUCUAAAUGCCAUUAAAAUAUCAGUUUUAAAAGAAUAGGUUAUUACAGAGGUCCUUUCUGAAAUCCUCCCCAGUCUUUACUCUCUCCAACUAAAUACUUUACAUUUUUGUUAGUUAUAUAAGCUACUAACUAUGCGCCGUGUUGUUAUAUAGUAGAACUAAGGACUCAUCACUGCAUUAGUUUUCUGGAUCUAUGCGGUUUGUGACGAUCUGGUUGCGUACUGAUGAGGAGAUGAACCAUAUCUGACGCGUGACAGUGAUCAACCAGUGAUUAACCAGUGAUUAACCAGUGAUUAACCAGUGAUUAACCAGUGAUUAACCAGUGAUUAACCAGUGAUUAACCAACUAGCUUUCAGCAGUUACCAUAGUUACCAAUCAAAACCAGGAACCACUAUCACGUGUCAAAAUAUGGUUCACCUCCUCCCCUCGAGAUCUAUUGUUGAACAUUUAUACAUGAUGCGUAUUGUACUAUAUUGUGAUAUUGUGAAGUUUAAAUGUAUA